CUCACAACUUGACCAGAGAGCUAAACGAGAGGAGUCGUCUGGAUCAGAGCUAAACUUUCAAACUCCAAACAUGGCGAGAGGUUUAAAGAAGCAUAUGAAGAGGCUAACUGCCCCUAAUCAUUGGGGUCUUGACAAACUUGGUGGUGCAUUUGCCCCCAAGCCAUCUUCUGGACCCCACAAGUCCAGAGAGUGUCUUCCCCUCGUUCUUAUCAUCAGGAACAGGUUGAAGUACGCUCUUACCUACCGUGAAGUCAUCUCCAUCUUGAUGCAAAGGCAUAUCCAGGUCGAUGGCAAAGUCAGGACUGACAAAACCUACCCUGCUGGUUUUAUGGAUGUUGUCUCAAUCCCAAAGACCAACGAGAACUUCCGUCUUCUCUAUGAUACCAAGGGUCGUUUCCGUCUUCACUCCAUCAAGGAUGAGGAAGCUAAGUUUAAGCUUUGCAAGGUCCGAACCAUCCAGUUCGGAUCAAAGGGAAUCCCUUUCCUGAACACAUACGAUGGUCGCACCAUCCGUUACCCUGACCCACUCAUCAAGCCUAAUGACACCAUUAAGCUCGAUCUCGAGGAGAACAAGAUUGUUGAGUUCAUCAAGUUUGAUGUCGGCAAUGUUGUGAUGGUUACUGGAGGUAGAAACACAGGGCGUGUGGGUGUGAUUAAGAACCGUGAGAAGCAUAAGGGAAGCUUUGAGACUAUCCAUAUCCAAGACGCGACAGGACAUGAGUUUGCAACGAGGUUGGGGAAUGUGUUCACUCUCGGGAAAGGAACAAAGCCGUGGGUGUCUCUUCCUAAGGGUAAGGGUAUUAAGCUUACCAUCAUUGAGGAAGCAAGGAAGAGGCUUGCUGCUCAACAGGCUGCUUAAUUUUUAAUUUCCAGCUAUUUAUUACAUCCCUUUUUAGACAUUUUAUGAUUCUUAGACUCUGUUUACAUUUUUUGGUACACAUCACUGCUCUGUUUUUAAACUUCUGUUAUUUAUCUAUUUCGAUAAUCUAAAAAAUGAAAUUUGCGGAUCCUUUAAGAGUCCCAAUCUUGUUUGCUUAGACCUAAUCUAAAUGAACUCUCACAUCACAUGUCAAAGUGUCUCAAUAAAUCCUUUAAUACAUGCCAUUCUUUUCUUUUUACAAUAACAAAACCUCUGAUUUAGUAAACAAUACAACAUCAUACCACAACACAAUAAAGCUAAGCUAAUCAUCUAAAACAAUACAUUUUACAAAUCCACCACACAAGGCUUCGCAAUUGGUCAUUAGCAGAUGGUUCGUUACAAACAGUUGGAGCUUUUACUUACCUUCAUUUUCUUGCAGUCGUUGACCCUUUAAACAGCUCGUUGAUACGCGUCUCAAUAUCCUCAACUCCAAACUUGAUGUACUUGUCUGCAUUUUUCCCUUUCCCUAAGUCUCCAAGGUUCUGAAACCUCCCAAUGAAGUUCCCAUACGCCGGUAACAGCAGCCUAGCCAGUGAGAUUCUCAGCUCCUCUCUAAGCUGCUCGUCAAACACAACCCAAGUCGAAUGCACUUUACACGUCUCAUCAAACUGAACAUUGAACUGCUUCAGCUUCUCCUUCAUGGUUUUCCCUAACCCGUUCAUCCCCGCCGCAGUGUUAUCCACCUUAAGCAGCCCCAGCAUCUUAUUCCAAGCACUUCUCUGAUAACUAGAAUGAUACUGUCUCACUUUAGCAUUAUGUUUCCGGAUCCAAUCCUCUCCCAAGAGCAACCCUAGAUCCCCAUCCUUCACCUUCUGAACAAUGUAUCUCCCGUUGUUCAUCAGAAACACAUAACACAAAGCUGGAUCUUUAUACACUUUAGAUUUAACUUCCAAAUUACUCUCUAAAAGCUCCAUGAUCCAAGACAUCUGUACAGCCAACAGAGUGCCGUCUUUCGACGGCACACCGUUACUCUCCUCAAACACUUGCUCCAACGUCUGCCUCGACCUACACGCAGCUCGUAGGUAGUUCAUAACAUAACGAGUGAUAGGAUGCAAACCACCACCCGGAACCGCAGCUUUCGCCGGAUCCCUCCGGAUCAAAUUCUCAAGCUCCAUGAAUAUACCUCUCACCGCCUCUCCCAAACGUUUCCAAAUCGUCACAGCUUCGUUUCUAAGAACCAAACAAAACUGAUCCGAGAACACAGACUCAAACUCCCCCAUCAAAUCCCUCAUCGUCUCAAACACGUCAAGCACCUUAAACAGCCUCUCAGGCGACCUGCUACCUAUAGCAAUCGCGUCCGCGAAGUUCAAAAGCUGAACGGUAGAGCCACGCACCACCUCCAUGAACGAAAGAUCAGCAGCGGAGGCGAAUCCGAAGAAAACACGGUCGCAGAGACGACGCUCACUAGGGAAAAGAAUACGUAAGGCGACGUUAACCGCUUUGAUCCAACGAUCAAUCUCAUCCUCAAGCUCAUGCCACGUCAUCUUAUGAACUUCUUCGAUACUAAGCUUCUUAUGUAACCCUAACCUAGACAUGCUCUCUUCAACAAACUCUCUCCUACACGCACUGUAUACACUAGAGCACGACUUACCAUACCCCGCGGCGAGCAUACGCUUCGCCAUCUCGUGCAGGUCGUUGAUCGUCGCUGAAGGGAGCGCGUCGAUGAUGACGUCGUAGUCCGUUAGCGGCUGCGCCACAGGGAUCUGCACAGCCUCUUCUUCUUCUUCAACCUCGUCUUCAUCCGAGUCUAUACGAUGGUUGUUCACAACAAACGACUCCAUGAGAGUUCUGAACUCUUCCUCUAUGCGGAACAUACUUUGCUGGAUCAGUUCGUCGGCACGUGUGAGACAAGUGCCUACGGACUUAUCGUUCGCCACGUGGCUCCAUUCUCUGGUGAUGGUGACUAGCUCGUCGAUGGUUUCGAGGAAGGCGGAUGAGUCGGCGGGAUCAGACCAGAUUGGAUGAUCGGCGGAGACGAAGCGGGAGAUCUGAGUUUCUAGUGAGUUUAGAGUUCGUUCGAGAGCGGAUCCGUCUUGAUGACCUUCGGAGAGAUUCUCGCGGGAGAAUCUACCGUCGAAGGUUGAGAAGAUCUGUAAGAUAUCAUCAGCCAUGGUUUCGUUGUGGCCAAGAGUCUUGGCUAUGUGACGCGCCACCGCGAGUAGCUUUUCUUCACCGUUCUCAGCCAUGAGAGAGGUAUAAUAUGAAUGAGUAGUAGAGAGGUUUUUUGUGUUAUAUAAAAAGAAGGGUCAGAGGGACGAGAUCGACGGGGUAAGUAAGGAAUCGAAGACGGAGAAAGUUCUAAGGUAUUGGUAGGAAGAAG